UUAAGGUAUAGAUAUAGAACAAAACAUGGAUAUCACUGAGGAAGAAUCUGUACGUCAUAUUAUUCGAAAGCAGUUCAUGCAGGAUGUUACCUCGCCUAUGCUUAGACAAAUUACUGAUGUUCAAGUGAUUUCCCCGUAUGAUAUCGAACAAUUAAGUGCAACUGACUGCCGUUAUAAAACACUAGAGCGCAUUGUUGAAAAAGUAAGAGCAUACUAUCUUGAGCCUCUUUCCGAUUCUCCACAGACUGAAAAACGUGUCUUAGCAGAUGACACAGUAUCGUGUCUGCAACCAGCUGCAGUAGUUUCCGACCAUUGGCUUUUAUCGGUGCCAAGCGCCCUACGAAGCCACGAGCGGGAUGUCGUCAAUUACAUCGGCAUGCUUGUCGCUAUUGACUUUAGACACUGGGCUGAAGUCACACCAGAACGUCAUGACAGGACAAGUCUAGACUGUGACAUAACUGAGGCUGCUGUUGGCAUGGAAGUUAAAGGCUUUGCGGGGUUUUACACUACUCUUAGCCACGAUGAUUUAUCCACCACGAAUGUUGAGAGUCAGGAUGCCCUGCAUAUUGAGAAGGCACACCCCAUGGCGCAAUCCAAAAGCAGUCUACUCCUUCGCGGAUCAGCUGCGAUGGUGUACCUAUUGCGUUGCGCGGUUGAACAAUAUAAUAUUCCCUGGUAUAAUCCUGAAUAUCUUUUGCAAUUCAGCUCUGUCCAAGCGGCCAGGGAGGCGAUGCAGGUGUGUUUUCGGGGUUGUUGUGAAGAUGGUGUAACCCCGUUGUGGAUGCCAGCAACUGACGAGCGUGUGGAGUUGCUCCUUUCCCUUGGACAAUCCCUGCGUGAGAAACAAACUUCAUUUUACGACAUUUUAUGCGCAUGUAAUGGAUUUGUUUUCAAGCCGCAUGGUCCACUUUCUGUUGAAACGUGUUCAUCAUCACAUCCUAAUGGGUUUAUCUCGCGUCUGCUUCAGCUGCAUCACCGUUACCACGAUUUCGCUUGCCAUUCUAUGACUUCAGGAGAUGCUAGGAUCCCUAUUUUGAAGUUGUCCCAGUUAACAGUUUUAGCCUUGUCAAAUGCGCUCCCAGCCUUGUGGCGCUUUCGUGCGCAAUCUGGACUUUCUCUAGUUUCCGAAGGUGUUUCUCAGCCAGGCUGGAUUCAAAACAUUGCCGUCACUCAUCACAACCUUCAAAGUUACGAAAGACCUCCUCUUUUCAGAGAUUUAACGCAGCUUUCCAUUUGUUGUGACUACCAAAUUCCAAGGGCGCUACGUGAUUCUGGUCUAUUAGUCUACAGUACCCGCUUGUCGUAUCUUGUGGACCGUGGGGUGCUUUUGGAGGCGGGGGGAAGGGAGGAGGGGUCUAUUCGUAUUGGGGCCAUUCUUGCUACCGAGCUUCUCAUAGAUUACCUAAGCGAAAGGUUUACCCGCAAUACCGGGUCGAUGGAAAAGCACAAAAUGCAUGUAAUCUGCGGUUUGACUCAAACCGACACAAGGUCCGUGAAUAUUCAAGCUUUGGACUACGCUUUAUGGUACAUAGGACGUUAUCCUUCAGACGAUAUUCGAUCAAGACACCACUUGUGUCGCACUAUAAUGUACUAA